AUGGCCUUUCAGCAAAAUACCCAAAACGCCACCGGCGGAAUGUCGUGCGAAGACGCGCUUCAACUUCUCUUCUACAAACAGCCUAUCACCAACGGAUAUGUCCAGGACACCACCAAUUACCUACCCCAACAAUCAUCCACCGCUUUCCCAUUUCGACAGGACAAUACGAGCAUAUGUCCGCACAUGUGCGCUGAUACUACGUUUACACAAUCGGCUCCAGAACCAGAUGUCAGCUCACUAAAGAUGCCUGCCGAGUUUGCAGCCACGUUGGAGGAGAUCAAGCAGGGAGUGACCUCCCUCCACACCCGGAGUGAUCAGAUCGAAUCUCUGCAGACGCAAUGCAAUCAACUGGAAAUUCAUUUCUCGGAGUUUCAAGAUUGGGUGAAAGCUUCUAUGGACACGAUGAAGAAAUAUAUUGAGCAUCAUAGACAGUGGUCUUUGAUCUUCAAGAGAACGGUGGAGAGCCAGAUCAGGGAUCGACAUUCUAAUCACGAGGGACAGGCCAGAUCUGAGGGCUCCGCAGUUGAAUCGCAGGAUACUUGA